GCCGGGAGACGGAGUGGUCGCGGGGCAGGCCGGGAGGUGUAGUGCGGCGCGGGGCGGCGCGGGGCGCGGAGCCAUGCAGAAAUACGAGAAGCUGGAGAAGAUCGGGGAAGGGACGUACGGGACCGUGUUCAAGGCCAAGAACCGGGAGACGCACGAGAUCGUGGCGCUGAAGCGGGUGCGGCUGGACGACGACGACGAGGGGGUGCCCAGCUCGGCGCUGCGCGAGAUCUGCCUGCUCAAGGAGCUGAAGCACAAGAACAUCGUCAGGCUGCACGACGUGCUGCACAGCGACAAGAAGCUGACGCUGGUCUUCGAGUUCUGCGACCAGGACCUCAAGAAGUACUUCGACAGCUGCAACGGGGACCUGGACCCCGAGAUCGUCAAGUCCUUCAUGUACCAGUUGCUGAAGGGCCUCGGCUUCUGCCACAGCCGCAACGUGCUGCACCGCGACCUCAAGCCCCAAAACCUGCUCAUCAACCGGAACGGGGAGCUCAAGCUGGCGGAUUUCGGCCUGGCCCGCGCCUUCGGCAUCCCCGUGCGCUGCUACUCGGCCGAGGUCGUCACGCUGUGGUACCGGCCCCCGGACGUGCUCUUCGGCGCCAAGCUCUACUCCACCUCCAUCGACAUGUGGUCGGCCGGCUGCAUCUUCGCAGAGCUGGCCAACGCGGGGCGGCCCCUCUUCCCCGGCAACGACGUGGACGACCAGCUGAAGAGGAUUUUCCGGCUGCUGGGCACCCCGACUGAGGAGCAGUGGCCAGCCAUGACCAAGCUUCCCGACUACAAGCCUUACCCCAUGUACCCGGCCACGACGUCGCUGGUGAAUGUGGUGCCCAAGCUGAAUGCCACCGGCCGGGACCUGCUGCAGAACCUGCUGAAGUGCAACCCGGUGCAGCGGAUAUCGGCCGAGGAGGCGCUGCAGCACCCCUACUUCACAGACUUCUGCCCCCCCUAGCCAGCCCGGCUCACACCCCGCGCCCUGCUCCAGCACCGCGGGCUGGGGGUGGGGGUGGGGGUGCCGUCUGCGCCGUGCGGAGCAGGCAGAUUUUGGGGGGCAGGGCUCUGGCCCCCAUCAGGACUGACCCUCCCCUGCCCGUAUUUAUUAGGUUUCUAACCAGUUGCAUUCCUGGCUUGGCUGCAGCCCGGGGAGCACUGGGACCGGGGCAGCUGUAGCCGGCACUGCCCUCUUUCCAGGUCCCCGUAGCCAGCGCCAGCAGCCCUGCCUGCCCCUGGGACGUGGGGGCACGUUCACCUCGCCCCCCACACACGUGGGGAGUGCAGGACGAGCCGCCCGUGUCCCAGCCGCUGGCACUCCCCAGCCCCUGCCAGGGGGACCGUGCUCCGGUGCCUGCACCUGGGGCCCGUCCCUGGAGAGCCACGGGGCAGCGCUGUGCCCGUGGCCACCCCUACGGACCAGCCAGGUGUGCCCUCGGCCCGUGUCUGCUGGCAGGGGGAGGGGGACGUGGGACCAGCUCCACGGGGACCCCUCCCCUUGUUGCGUGCUGCUGUUUGUGGUGGAACGUGAACGUUUGUUAUUCCAUAAAGCCGCCCUCCCGCCA